AUAUCAACAAUAUUAUUUCCUUUUGCUUGUGUGAAGUGCCAAAGUUCAUAUUAAGAGAGAAAGAGAGAGAGAGAUAGAAGGGAAAAAAGCAUCAAAGAUCAUGAAACCCAACUUUUCCUUUUUAUCUAAGCUUUUGAUACUGCAAUAUCUAUCAGUUUUAUGCAUUUCUCAGGAAUUUGAUUUCUUCUACUUUGUUCAGCAGUGGCCAGGAGCAUACUGUGACACAAAGCAGAGCUGCUGCUAUCCUAAGACUGGGAAACCUGCUGCUGAUUUCAGCAUUCAUGGACUCUGGCCUAACUUCAAGGAUGGCUCAUGGCCCUCAAACUGUGACCCUGACAGUGUCUUUGAUAAAUCUCAGAUCUCAGACCUCAUUAGCAACAUGGAGAAGGAUUGGCCAUCCCUGAGCUGCCCAAGUAGCAAUGGCAUGAGGUUCUGGUCACACGAAUGGGAAAAACAUGGUACUUGUGCAGAAUCUGAGCUUGAUCAGCGUGAGUACUUUGAAACAACUCUCAAACUGAAGCAAAAAGUUAACCUCCUUCGGAUCCUCAAGAAUGCAGGGAUUGAGCCAGAUGAUGAAAUUUACACCCUAGAAAGGGUUACAGAAGCUAUAAAAAAAGGCACUGGGUUUACCCCAGGGAUAGAGUGCAAUAGAGAUUCAGCUCGUAAUAGUCAACUUUACCAAGUGUACAUGUGCGUGGACACUUCUGGGUCAAAUCUCAUUGAGUGCCCUGUGCUUCCAAGGAGCAGAUGUGGUGAACAAAUUCAAUUCCCCAAAUUUUAAGAAGAAAAUUUAGUUCGGUAAAAUUGACAUGUAAUUUCCCCAUUGCAUUUGUCUUCAAAGUAAUAAAUGUUCGCAACGAGGCCUUCUAAUGUCCUCCCACUGCAUUUGGAGGACGGAACAGCCCCAAGUUUUUUAAGUCAUUCAUGUAUUAAUCUUAAUACAAAAUUUAGCGGUUGAGUUCUGUUUAAGAAUUCAAUAUCAAGUUCAAGGUGAAUUUUAAUUA